UAAGCUACCAGCACAGGCGUCGACGCAGUGAGCGACCCACCAAGGAUUUCGGAAGACACAUGACGCUCUACAAAGACACGCACCCUUCGCGUGUGGCCUCUCCAAACUCCCUUCACGAGCGGAUCGCUCAUUACAUUCACGCUGCGCAUAUCUACCCGAGACCUCUAAACCGAGAGAACGUGACAGCCCUGCUAGAGGGGCGAGAUUCCUGGCCAACAGUGGCAGGAGCAGAGUUUUGUCUAGCCUACCCGGUGGACGUCUCGGAGCUUGAACAGGCCCGCGUUAUCGCAUUCCCGGAUGACUAUCUGGCCGUACAGCCCAAAGUACCCUCAACCCCCGACAUGCCGCCAAAGCUGCGGCAUCAGCUAGAUGCACACCCUUCUGUACGAGCUGCGGUACCUCAACGAUGCCUGGGAACCCCGCAGUUAAGACUUUGCCAAGAAGACGUUACCUCGAUCGACCUGGCCUUCCUGCGCGAUACCUUUGAAUCCCGAGCCGAAGGUUAUCGGCUGAAGGUAAAGCGCGAAGACCUGAAAGGCGUAGGCACUUUCCUAUGGAAACGACUGAUAGACGGCUCAGUCGACCCAGAUACCGCUUUUUCCAAUUACAUCACCAGGAUGCGACUGGCCGCUGGCAGUAUUGCUAUCUUCCAAAUCGAUUUCGAUCUAGAUAUCGACGUUAAACAGUUCCUUGACUGCGCCUUCAACUAUAUCGCUGCAGAUAAGACACUCUUUGAUAGCUGGGCAGACUGCGCAGCCAAUGUCGCUAUCAGUCACAAUAGUGUUAACAACAUCAUCAAGAAGCCAUCUCCUCUAGUGGUGCGGAAAAGACCGGGACAACCUGACGAAGUGAGCCAAGAAGCGGAAUCUUAUUCCCAUCGCUCCCCUAAAUUGGUCGGAGCCCUGUUCAGUGAUAUCUAUCACCCUCCCUAUCUUUGCUUCUUACUCUCGAAUCCGAAGACAAACCAAUUUGGCUUGAUCGGUGUUUAUGAAAAUAUAGAGCGGAACAUGCGCCCCAUAUCAGAAUAUGCCUCUUAUGAGAAGAACUGGAGUGACUUAGUAUGGGCUCAAGCUCUUGAACUAUUUUACAACAGCUACGAGCAGUAUGUUCGCCUACCAGCCCUACCCGAAGCUAUAGAUCAGCUUUGCGAAAUGAUCGCCUGGUUCGCCAACCACGAGAUCAACUACAACUCUCGUCACAAGUUAAUAGCAGACACUCGCCUGCCUAGCCUCCAAAAGACCAUAAGCACCGUGAGGUACUUGGAUGAUUCAAGACAAGUUAGGUACCUCAUAGAGGACCACCGCCAAAUACUCAUCAAUCGUGCGCACGAACACCUUCAGAAGGCUCGUAUAGGGGACCGAUAUCUACCCCUCGGAGGGUGGCUGAUUUUAUUCUGGUGCCUUGACUGGGAUUUGGCCUCAUCCAAGUCACACCAUAAUUCGAGUACCCAUGCACUUGAUGCAUGCGGGGCAUUGAUCGAUAGCUACCUAGGACUGCUGUAUGACCGCCUGAAUGGUGACACGAAUGCAGUUGAUGACCCGCUCGCAUUUGAUGAGCUUGAAUGGCUCAACGUCUAUAUAAACGCAUUAGCCGAGCAGCGCGAACGCUGGAUCAGUGCUCUUGAUGAUCAACCUGCGAUCGAUUCAGGUGACCCCGCCAAAGAAAAAAGAGACACCGUAUUCGCUGCUCGCAUGCACACCCGAUUGCUACUGAAACUUUUCACGCAAACUGAGUACACUCCAGAGCACGCAGUGGAGAAGCGUAUUUUUGCAAAGCGUACUACUGCAUAUGAGAACAAGAAACUUGUAGUAGGACUGAUAGCUGAGCGCAAUCUAGAAGACGCGGCAACCAACUGGACCCCCGAAGCCUUCGAUAUCAUCCUGAAAGCCGCUAACAAUGACCUUAAAGACAUAUUUGACAACAAGAAGCUGCCAGACCAGGAAAAAAUCAAUAGACUAUGCUUAUAUGAAAUAUCCAGCGAAGAACAACAGAUCACCAAUGAAGUUCAAAGCUUCAAGCGAUACCUGAUUGCUUCCCUCACAAUGUUUGUGGAUCAUGCCAAAGCACUGGACAUGUUCAGCAGUGUGCUCGAUGUAGAACAGACACUACAGAACGCGACGGGUUUGAUCAAGGUAGCGCUCUCUUGGCCCACUGACAUUGCUCGACCCGAACCACUUGAGUUUUAUUUAAAGCGCUGGUUGGACACCUAUCAAAAAACUUUCAAGACGGAUCUCGACGCCAAACUCAGCGAUGUUGAGCUAAAUUACAUUCUUCAGCUCUGCUUGGAAACGGAAAAUUUCGACGAUUUCAAACGAUUCUGGAAUGUGGCAUCGCCCCAGCAGCAGCAGGCCUAUGAAUUAGCUCCACUGAGGGCAGAGUAUCUCAAGCGUAUGAGAAGCGCCGAAGAAGCACUGUCUUAUCUCCAACAGAUACGUAUUACUCAUCGAUCUUUCCCACUCGAUGUAGAAGAGAAAAUCGCUGCCAUUGAGAAUAGCCUCAGGAGCACCGGCACCGUGGGCCUCUCUAAGCCUCAGCCAAUCCUCAAUGCUGAGAUUGACUCCUCUCAUGACAAGCUGCGUCUUGCAUGGCUUACAAUCAAGGACAUGAACGCAUACGAUCAAAGUCAAAUAUUUAUGAAUGCCACAACAAAUAUUGAUGAGUACCUGUUCGAAUUGGUAGAGCAUGUGGGUCGGGAGUUACUGAAACGUAAUGGAAAUCUCCAGCGUAAAAAAUUGGCUCCAGCGUCCGCGAGCACGAUCAUGCUCGAUGAGGAAGACAUGAUUAACGACUGGUUUGUAUCGCUCGUAUGUCAACGCAUGAGUUUUCUUAAUUGGACGAUGCCGGAUCAGUCACGUACUGGGCGCUCAGGCAGCGGUAAGGGUGUCGGCGAGACUGAUGGUUGGGUACGGGAUGGAAGGGGAAACCCGAUUUUCCUAUUCGAAGGUUUUAGGCUUGGAAGCUACAUCGACACUACACAAAUUGAUGAGCACCUGAACAAGAUCGGCAGAUAUAACUCCAUGGGUAUGAGUACGGUGUUUGUAGUGAUCUAUGUCGCUACGGAAAACUUCCCACGGCUGUGCGAAUCCUAUGUUAGACAUGUUGAGAAAUGCGACUACAGAGACUUUGACGAUGAUUACAAAAGCGGAUUACAACUCAUAACAACACAGGGAAAUAGCUUUAACGCCAGAUACUAUAAGGAAACACGUAAAAUCAAUCAGAGUGAUGUAAACAUCUACCACCACUUGUUACAUCUCAAACCACCCAUGGACAGUGAUGAGGGU